AUGUCAAGAUUGGAGAACUUGUUGAAGGGUUUACUGAAGAAAAUUAUCUCGGAUCUGUUAGACUACCAAAAGUACGAAUGGAAACAUGCUGUAUUGUCCCAUCAUAUACGUGGACGUAGGAUUGCCCUCACUAUGCGCGAACCAUCAAGGGACUUUCUUGUGAGAAGGAGGAGAACUUUACGAAAAAUAUGGAAAGCAAUUAAUCGCGUUAAGCAAUGUACGAGUACCGCUGAGAAAUUUAGUGAAGUGAUGAAGAAUUACAAGACUCGACAACGCUACAUAUUACUACUACUACUCUUGAUAAAAGUAAAUCGUUUGCAUAUCUUUGCAAAAAAUUCGAGUCGGUUUGUAGGUUACAACUUCUGUGCUAAUAGAGAUGUUACUUGUGCCAGCCACCAAAUUUCUCAACUAAUCAGAGAAGGGUGCUUGGUCAAAGUAGCGAUUCAAAAAGGGAUGCAAACGGCUAGAUGCAGCUUGAAACGCUAAUU